AUGUCUCAAUUACCAUCCACCGAUCAGGAGCCGACACCUGCGGAGAUCACGUCCUAUAUCUUCACUACGACGUAUUCCAUGGUGGCUGGGUUAGCAGUGGUUGUCUAUGAUCAAGUGCUUAGCAUCGGUUCCGAGGUCGAGCUCGUAUGGAAGCGGCGAUCGUCGACGACGCGAAAGUGGCUCAUCAAGGCGGUCUUUUACGCUGCACUGCGGUACGGCGGUUUACUGUGGUCAAUAAUACACACUCUCCUUAAUAUUGGCGUGACGUCAUCAUCAUAUGGAGCCGUAAUUAUCUGCAACAUGCUGAGCGAUACGGAAUCGUGCGAAUGCAUCAGGUGCUACCGGUUAUUUAUCGUCGAAGAAAUCACCCUCUUCUCCCUGACGUUUCUUCUGCAAGGGAUGAUGUCUGUUCGAGUGUGGAUCCUCCUAGGCAUGCAGCGCGAAGUCUACGUCGUUCUGCUUGUAACCUUCGUUGCUACACAAAUCGUCGCCGUUGCCAUGGUUGUCAUGUACUUCGUGGCAUACGCAGGGCCAACAGUACUCAUCGAUGAGGGCCCUGUCAAAGACUGUUUCGUUCGAGGCGAACUUCCGUCGUCAUGGGGUCCGUGGUUGAUCCCGUUGAAUAACGGAAUGCUUGCCGCAUACGAACUUUUACUCUGUGCGUUCGCCAUCUAUUACCUCGUUCAAGGCACCAGGACCCGUGGCUCUUCGAAGUUCUUCGCGAGCAACUUGGUUUUCAAGCUUGUGAGGGAUAACCUGGUAUACUUCUUCCUUGCGUUCUUCAUUCUUCUCAUUACUACGCUUGAGCAAAUACCCGGGAUCGAGAUGUCUAAAGGUCUGUACUGGACAACGUUUGCGACUCUCAGGUACCUGUUCUACGGUCUCGUAGGACCUUGGAUGGUUCUUGACUUGCGCAGAGAGGCAUAUGAGGACCAGGUUGCAACCGAAACGGCCGAUAACAAUCAGCUGAGAUUUCUUCGUCGUCCUCACCUGGCAACCAGCAGCGGUGAUGAAGAGAUCGCAUAA